UUUGCACCACGACCACUGCAUUUUUACAUUUCUUCUUCUUAGCCUCCUUUUGUUGGGUUUUAACCGAAGCGUGGCAGUCAUACAUGGCUGUCACUGGAAAAAUUAGGACGCGGCUCAUAAGGAAACGCUUUUUAUGCCUUGGAUGGGGUUUGCCAGCAUUGGUCGUGGCCAUAUCAAUAGGUUUUACCAAGACUAAAGGCUAUGGAACGACUCAAUAGUCAACAUGGUGAUUGGCAUCCUUGUGUUUAAUAAACUAGUUUCCAGAGAUGGAAUCCUAGAUAAAAAACUCAAGCACAGAGCUGGUCAGAUGAGUGAGCCUCAUAGCGGUUUGACGCUCAAAUGUGCCAAGUGUGGAGUAGUUUCAACAACAGCUUUGUCAGCCACCACCGCCAGUAAUGCCAUGGCAUCGCUGUGGAGUUCCUGUGUGGUUCUACCGCUCCUGGCUCUCACAUGGAUGUCUGCUGUUCUGGCAAUGACUGACAAGCGAUCCAUUUUAUUUCAGAUACUCUUUGCUGUAUUUGAUUCAUUGCAAGGGUUAGUCAUUGUCAUGGUUCACUGCAUUCUCCGAAGGGAGGUUCAAGAUGCAUUUAGAUGUCGUUUGAGAAACUGCCAAGAUCCAAUCAAUGCAGAUUCAUCAAGUUCAUUUCCUAAUGGACAUGCUCAAAUCAUGACAGAUUUUGAAAAAGAUGUGGACAUAGCUUGUCGGUCAGUUCUCCAUAAGGACAUUGGGCCGUGCCGAGCAGCUACGAUAACAGGCACCCUAUCUAGAAUCUCCCUGAAUGAUGAUGAAGACGAGAAGACAAUCAACCCUGAAGGAAUGAACUACUCCACAUUGCCCGGGAAUAUGAUUUCUAAAGUGAUCAUUCAACAAUCGGGAGGCAUGCAUAUGCCCAUGAGCAUGAGUGAAUUAGCUAACCAGUGUCUUAAAAAGGACAACACUGAGCUACGGCGAACUGUCUAUUUAUGUACUGAUGACAACCUGAGAGGCGCAGACAUGGAUGUAGUCCACCCUCAGGACCGCAUGAUGGAUAGUGACUACAUCGUCAUGCCUAGAGGUUCAGUGAACACACAGGCGUCUCUGAAGGACGACAGCAAGUUGAACAUAGGCAUGGAGACCUUGCCUCACGAAAGGCUUUUGCACUACAAAAUUAAUCCUGAUUUUAGUAUGAACCCAAAUGUCAUGGACCAGUUCAAUAUGAGUUUAGAUCAACAUCUCCCCACCCAGGAACACAUGCAGAACUUGCCUUUUGAGCCUCGCACAGCUGUAAAGAAUUUCAUAGCUUCCGAGAUGGACGAUAGCACAGGACUAGCAAGAAGCGAAACUGGAUCAACCAUAUCAAUGAGUUCUUUGGAGAGGAGAAAAUCACGUUAUUCUGACCUCGACUUUGAAAAGGUCAUGCAUACGAGGAAGAGACACAUGGAGCUGUUUCAAGAAUUAAAUCAGAAAUUUCAGACACUAGACAGAUUUAGAGAUGUACCAAAAUCAGGAAGUAUGGAAAAUCCAGCAGGAAGCAGCAAGAGUCCCUGGGACAGUUUCAAAGCCCCAAGCGAUUACCAACAUUAUACCACCAUCAACGUAUUAGAUUCAGAGGCAAAAGAUGCUUUAGAACUAAGACCAUCAGAAUGGGAAAAGUGUCUGAACUUGCCUUUAGACGUACAAGAAGGUGAUUUUCAAACCGAGGUUUAAUGAAAAGUAAAACAAACUGAGGCGCAAAGCUUAUCCUAGAAUCAUUUUGUUUGCACUGACGCUCCAGAGACGUUGGGAAGCCUGACCCAGCCUGUUCGGACACCAUGGCUAAGGCAUAUCAGCACCUUCCUAGGCCAGAAGUCAGUGGUUUUCUUGUCACACACAAUCGAUUUCCACUAGCCAACCUAGUGGAGGCCCCAGGUGUACAAUUCUUACCAUCGUGUCUUGUAAGUACCCGUGGAAUGGAUUUGUAAGGUCAAUCUUUAUAGAUAAACCUCAGACAACGGUUCAUGUUGUAACAGCUUCAUUUGGUUUAGUUUUCAAAAAACUUCACCAUGAAGCACAAUGUAUAUAUUUAUGCAGUUUUUAAAGUUUAUAACAGUCUGUUUGGCCAUUACUACACUUUUUACUUUAUAAUAUAAAAAAAAAAGAAGAGGAGGUGGUGGAAGAAGCAGAAGAAGCAGAAGAAGAAGAAGAGGAUGCAGAGAAAAGCAAAGUUUUGUUGUCAUUAAAUGAAUGUCUGUUGAGCUACAUUCUUCAUUGCUUUAAAUGCAAUAAAGUAAUAAUCUCACUUUUAUAUGAAUAAUAUAUUUCACAUCUUUAUUAUUGCAGUUUUCUCUGGGAAGCUCGGAAUAGCUUUUCCUGCUGCAGCUGUGUAUAAAAUAUUUAAAAUGUUGUAUGGUGUAAAUAAACUUUUGUCUACAUAUCAGUAUUUUCAGUGCAUUUUAUUUUGGAUUUGUUGAUCUGAAAAUUUGCAUAUUUAUAAUGUUUUUUUAACAACACUGAAGCCGAAAAAUGUACUCAGAAUGUUAAUAGUGCACUGUUAUUACUCCUUGGGGACUAAUGAUUUCUCAAAUGUAAUAAUAGGUUUGCCAAGCUGUUCUUUUUUCCCCCUAAUCUAUGAAGGUAACGUACAAUGUAAAUUGGACAUGUGAGAGCAUUGCUACAUUCAUUCUAUUAUGUGUAAUUCGUGGUCCUUUUCCAUCUUGCA